UUUACAUUUUGUUUUCCGCUGCCACCAUGCAGUCCGGUAGUUUUCCCAAGUGAUUGCAGCGGGUUUUGUGCACAAAACUAUGACGAGCGAAGAGAGCGGUGAUAUAAACGAUGUGUUUGAGGACAUUUUUCUCACCGAGGAGCGCAUCAUCGAGGAACACUUUCACCACGGGCUAGCGGACGGACGGCAGGAACGGUCCGUACAGGAGGCGGAAGAUUACGGCCACAAGAAGGGUUCGGAAAUCGGACGUGAAAUCGGCUUUUAUCACACAAUCGUGACGGAGAUUGCUUCCCAGCCGGAGACGGCAGCGAACGAAAAGGCACACACGCUGGUACAGGAACUGCUGGCGGCGCUGGGAAAGUAUCCCCGCGAGAACGAUCCGGCCGUUGAUUUGCUGCACGAUUUGCAGCGCAUCCGCAACACGUACCGACGGCUCUGCGCACUGCUGAAGCUGCCCUACAAGUACACGCAAACGAAUGCGCUUUCGUUUUAACC